GUUAUAGGCUUUAUCAAAAUCAAGUCAUAUGCGCAUUGUUGCAAAGUUUAAAACACUUUUGGAUGCCUAUCGGCAUCCAUGGUACCUACUCCUUUUUUCGACGUACUACUCUAAAAUGCUUCCAGCUUUACGGGGAAAGGUCUUCGACGUGCUAGACCCCAGGGCUUUAAAUGCUGCUCGCCACUGUCUAUUUAACGGAGAGAUUAUCGCUUUGCCCACGGAUACUGUGUAUGGUCUAGCGUGUAAUGCAAAUAACGAGGAAGCCAUACAACGACUAUAUGAAAUAAAAGGACGUGAUUGUUAUAAACCAGUUGCGAUUUGUGUAAAAAAUGUGGAAGCUUUUCGCCUCUAUGGGAAAUCGGACCAUUUAAAUGAUUCCCUCUUACAGCUCUUGCUACCGGGCCCAAUUACUAUAAUUAUCGAACGUUCACCACAUCUAAGUAAUCGGUUUCUAAAUCCGAAUACCACAAAGAUUGGUAUACGUAUUCCUAGAUGUAAAUUUAUACAGGACCUAUGUUUAUUAUUUGGUGAACAACCACUUGCUUUAACAAGCGCCAACAGAUCGGCUGAACGCAGUAGUUUAAAUAUAAAAGAAUUCGAAUUCUUAUGGCCUAAACUUGGAGGGAUUUUUGAUGCGGGACAGAUAGGCCUAACUGAAGAACGUCGGUCUGCGUCGACUGUGAUAGAUUUAUCCCAACCUGGACUUUACAAAAUAGUAAGAGAAGGCGUAGCUCUUAAGUACACUAUGGAUGUAUUACACAAAUUUAACAUAAAAUCAAUGGCUUCGAAAAUAGUGUGAAUAAAAAUACUUAAGUUAAAAAAAUAUCAGAUUUUAAUAUUUCUAAAAUUUCCGAUAUUCAAUGUUUACAAAAUGAAUCAAUCAGUAUCUUGAAAAUUUAAAAUGAUGUACAUACAUACAUAAAAUCCCACGCCUCAAAAGCACUGCAAACCAAAGUUCCCGAAAUCUUAACGAAAUUUUUAGGAGUAUCUCAUUUCUGUAGCGAUUUUCCUACCAACCUUUAAAGAAAAUUAUAUGAAGUGGUUGGUUCGUAAAGAAUUUCUGCACGAAAAAUAAAGAAAUUCUGAAAAAAAUCUGCAAGAAAUUCUUCACUGCAACAUUAUUUGCACUGCCUUACCGAUUUUCUUUCAGUUUACAAAAAUCGGAUGAGAUCUUUGCCAAUUCUUUAAAAUUUCUCUACAAUUCAGAAUACUCUGAAAAAA